CUCUGACAUUAUAAUAGCUGGACUUUUCUACGUUUUGUGUCCAGGCAGGAAUUUGGUUUGAGAGAGUUGCCUUUUCUGAUUAGCGCUCCUGGUUAACACUGGAAUGUGCGGCUUAGGUCAGGGAAAAGCAAGGGGCUGAAUGAACUUCCCCUGCUCCUGCGCUUUGCUGGCUCUUUCUGCAGGUUUUCGGCAUUCCAGGGGACUCAAAAAACUUCCGCACACGCUAGCCAGGGAGCUAGCUAAUCCUGAAAAAGAUCUGUUGCUUUAAGCAGGCACUGGAGGAGUAGCCUGACACUCCUUAUUUUGAUUUUACAUUAGAAAAAAGAGAGGGAGGGAGAGAGGGAGGGAGGAUGCCGCUGUAGGUUACUUCCCUGUCGAGUAUUUUGCUCUGCUGUGAAUGCUGUUAACUUCUGUGAAGUGAUUGACUUCAAGCCCUUAAUACAGGACCAUCUGGAGGACCCCACUAUUCACAGAGACUCCUUGCUUGAUACUCUGCCCUGGAUCUCCUCCAUCUCAGAGGCAAAUACUUUUGGGAUGACAAAAUCGAUCUCGGCAUAGAAGGGACCUCAAAGAUUUCAUCAAGUUUUGAAUGAUUUCGACAUAAUGACAGCAGAAGAUUCCACUACAACAAUGAGCAACGAUUCUACCAACGUGUCGGCUGCCAAAGUUCCUGAAGGUAUAGCUGGGGCACCUAAUGAGGCUGCCCUCCUGGCCCUCAUGGAGCGUACAGGUUAUAGUAUGAUACAAGAGAAUGGACAACGCAAGUAUGGUGGACCUCCCCCAGGUUGGGAAGGGCUGCACCCUCCACGUGGCUGCGAGGUCUUCGUCGGUAAAAUCCCCCGAGACGUGUAUGAAGAUGAGCUGGUACCAGUGUUUGAGUCAGUUGGGCGUAUCUAUGAGAUGCGGUUGAUGAUGGACUUUGAUGGCAAGAACCGUGGCUACGCUUUUGUUAUGUACACUCACAAGCAUGAAGCCAAGCGUGCCGUGAGGGAAUUGAACAAUUAUGAGAUCAGACCAGGCCGACUUCUAGGAGUCUGUUGCAGUGUGGAUAACUGUCGACUAUUCAUCGGUGGCAUCCCUAAGAUGAAAAAGAGAGAGGAGAUACUGGAGGAGAUCUCUAAAGUGACCGAAGGGGUCCUAGAUGUUAUUGUGUACGCAAGUGCGGCUGAUAAGAUGAAGAACAGAGGGUUUGCCUUUGUGGAGUACGAGAGCCAUCGAGCGGCCGCCAUGGCCAGGAGAAAGCUCAUGCCUGGAAGAAUCCAACUGUGGGGACACCAGAUUGCCGUGGACUGGGCAGAGCCAGAGAUAGAUGUUGAUGAGGACGUCAUGGAAACCGUUAAGAUCCUCUACGUGAGAAAUCUGAUGAUCGAAACAACUGAGGAGACGAUUAAGAAGAGCUUUGGCCAGUUUAACCCCGGCUGUGUAGAACGAGUUAAAAAGAUCCGUGAUUAUGCAUUUGUUCACUUCACCAGCCGGGAAGAUGCCGUGCAUGCCAUGAAUAGCCUCAAUGGCACCGAACUUGAAGGCUCGUGUCUCGAAGUUACUUUGGCCAAGCCAGUAGACAAAGAGCAGUACACGCGCUAUCAGAAGGCAGCCAAAGGAAGUGUAACGACAGAAGUAACACCUCAGCAGCCGAACUAUGUUUACUCAUGUGAUCCCUAUACAUUGGCCUACUAUAGCUAUCCCUACAAUGCUCUGAUUGGGCCCAACAGAGAUUAUUUUGUGAAAGCAGGGAGCAUAAGAGGCCGAGGGCGAGGGGCAGCUGGCAACAGAGCCCCAGGCCCUAGGGGAUCUUACCUCGGGGGAUACUCUGCAGGCCGCGGCAUAUAUAGCCGAUAUCAUGAAGGGAAAGGAAAGCAGCAAGAAAAAGGAUAUGAGCUUGUACCGAAUUUGGAAUUAUCUGCUGUCAAUCCAGUUGCUAUUAAACCCGGUACAGUGGCCAUCCCUGCUAUUGGGGCCCAGUAUUCCAUGUUUCAGGCAGCCCCUGCUCCCAAGAUGCUGGAAGACGGCAAAAUCCAUACAAUGGAACAUAUGAUCAACCCCAUAGCAGUACAACCAGACCCAGCCAGUGCUGCUGCUGCUGCUGCUGCCGCUGCUGCUGCUAUCAUGCCUGCUGUUUCAACCCCUCCACCUUUCCAGGGCCGCCCAAUAACUCCUGUAUACACAGUGGCUCCGAAUGUCCAGAGAAUACCCGCGGCUGGAAUCUACGGUGCCAGUUAUGUCCCAUUUGCUGCUCCUGCCACUGCCACACUAGCCACACUACAGAAGAAUGCCGCUGCUGCAGCUGCAGUUUAUGGAGGUUAUGCUGGCUACAUACCUCAACCAUUUCCUACUGCUACAAUUCAGGUUCCCAUACAUGACGUCUACCAGACAUACUGAGAUUGAGGGGGGUCAUGAAAACAAACAAAAAACCACUGAAGGAACACUUUACUAUUUAUGAAGAAAGUACCUAUUGCGAAAGAACGUGUUUGAACUUUAGUAAAUAUAUGUAAAACCCUGAAAGUGAAGAAUGUUAUCAAAUAUUAAUGUUGAAGUAUUUUGUACUCACGAAGUCACUAGUUUUUGUGACUUUUAAAGUGAAUGCACCUGCAUUCCUACAUUUCUCAGAGUUCAACUUUUGAUGCCUUAAUAUGAUACUUUACUCACCUGUAUACAAUAGUAUGUUUAUAAAGGUUUUUUUAGUAAUUAUAUUUUCAGUAUGAAGGUUAUUUUCUUAACUUCUGCACUCCAGAGAUGUUUAUUUUGUAGUGCCUUUAAUAAAUAUAUUGACUAUAUAUAUAUAUUAAGAACAUCCAUGCAGCUAGGUAAUAUUUUGAAAAGAUAGAUUCAAUAUUUAAAGAUACAAAAAAAGAAAGUAGUGCUUUAAAAAACACACACACACAACCCUGAGUACCUUAUUUAAAAAUAAUCCUGGAAAGUGCAAUUUUAAGAUAAGUGAAGUCACUGUAUUUUUGCCGGCCAUUGGGAUGAUAGAGCCAUCUAGGAUACAUUCUCUUUUUGACUGAAAGUGAAACAAACUCUCCCUCAUUAAGAAGGAAGUGGCCUCAGAUUUCUGCCUCUCCCACCUAGUGUGCUGUUCCUCAUUUUCCAUUUUUUUUUCGUCCUCCAAAACCAGACAAUAUGGACAGUUGGUGAGUGAGUUGUUAGAAGCAAAGAAGAAAUUGCUGGGUACUCCACUCAACUACUUUUUUGGUAGUAUCUUUUUAUCUGUGCUUUGGUACAUUUGCUGAAGCAGGAUUUUUUAUAACACCUGCAAGAGAGUGCCUAGACCUAGCUUGUUCAUCAUCCAAGCCAAAAUUGAUUUUCCCUUCCAAUUCUCUUGAAUUUUUUUGUUUUUGAAAGUUAAGUUGUAGUGACAGAGAAUGUAUGCUUUAAUUGUAGACAGAGUCCAAAAAAGUUCUUGUCAGCUAGAAAGUUAUGCUUUAUCUACUUGUAGUCUUGUGAUCAUGUUUCAUGCUAAAUUUCUGCUUUAGUUGGGAAUAUAAUGGGGCUUUCCUCCAUUCACUGUGCACAAGUAACUUCCACUUAGGUUAACUAAAUUUGGGAGAGCACAUCCAGGAGGAGGGAAAACCUGUAGGAGUUUUCAAAGUUUGUAAAUAUCUUCUAAUAAUACAUUUUUAAAGUUGUUUUAUGUUGCAAAAAGUAUAUGGUGUAUGUUUUACCAGAAAACAAAACCAUUUUAUUUCAAUGUUGUUAGUAAGGUUGUUGGUUUUUUGUUGUUUUUGUUUUUGUUUCUUUUAGGAAGUAACUAUAUUAUUGCAGUGUUUUGUGGCCUGUUUAAAGGCUUUUAUUUAGCAGACUGAAUGUAAAAUACAGUAAAAUGUUGAUUCUCACCCACUUUAUGAACUGCAUCAGCUUUGAUUAGAAAACUUAAGUAAGUGAGGUGUGCAAUAGGUAAAGAAUAUACAGUUAUGUUUUUAUGUCAUGUUAUGGAUCCAUAAAAUCUUUCCACCCAUGGAAUUUUUGCUGGUGGCAGUAUGAAAUUUACGUGUGUGGACAGAAAACAGGAUCACACCCUUAGCAAAUAUUUUAGAUUUUGUUUAAAAUAUAAAUUAAAGAUUCCCAAAUGCCUAUUUUCUCAUCUUCUGAUGGGAAGGGUUUUUUAUAUAUAAACAAUAUUUAUUUAACUAUUCUAUAAAAUUAUUGAGUGCCAGGUGAUGCCUUUAUACAUUGUUAACAUUCUUUUCCAUGAUUUUGAAAACAACACUUAGAGAAUAGAGCAAUUGUGCAAUGUUCUAAAAACAUAUCUAGAAACCUGCAUCUGAACCCUAGCCUAUUAGAAUAAAUAAUGUAUUGAGAUUUUAUUUGGGCCAGAUCUUCAUCCUGCGAAACAGUGGAAGAAAUAUUCUCUUUCAUUGGCAGUGGUGGAGAAUUUCUAUGGAGUUUUUUUUUUUAAUAGGAUGAGACUCUAACACCUUAUUCUUACUGUAUUUUACAUGUGCCUGUACAUUAAGUGCAAAAAAAAAAAAAGGAAGAAGAAAAGGUAUCUUAUCUUGGCAAGUACCAAACUGUCUUAAAACUGAUUUUGGUCACAUAGCCAGUUAGAUAUCAGUGAGCCUCCUAUCUCUGGUCUAUCUGUACCUGUUGUUUCAAAACCAUUUCAUGUACACUACUGAGGUAAGUAUAACUUGAAAUGUGAAGUUUUGGGGGUUUUUUGUGGUUUUUUUUGUUUUUAGGUUAAGAACAAACUAGACCAAAAAGUUUAGUGUGACCUAUUUUUGAAUGUGGGGGUAGUUUAGUUAUUAUCUUUACUUUCUUUGUAUUUUGGAAAGCUUUAAAGUUUAUUUAGUUUUUGCUCCUUUUAUAGUACAUUCUUAGGAUGUAGUUAAUAAAGCAUUCUUUAAAGUAA